AGAAAGGCGGGCGGAGUUAACGCACUAGAGCGUCCUUCCUUGACGUGAUUGCGAGCGCGCUUUCUCCCUUUUUCUGUAGUGGUGGACGUGAGCGAACUAGUGGAGAACGAUGCCCCGUGGAGGAAUGGACGAAUCAUGGACUUCAGAAGAACAGGGACAUGAUCCCAAAGAACCUGAACAGCUGAGGAAGCUGUUUAUUGGUGGCUUAAGCUUUGAGACAACAGAUGACAGCUUGAGGGAACACUUUGAACAAUGGGGAAAACUGACAGAUUGUGUAGUUAUGAGAGAUCCACAGACAAAGCGCUCCAGGGGGUUUGGUUUUGUGACCUAUUCUUGUGUGGAGGAAGUAGAUGCAGCUAUGUGUGCCAGGCCUCACAAGGUUGAUGGUCGGGUGGUAGAGCCAAAAAGAGCAGUUUCCAGAGAAGAUUCUGUCAGGCCUGGUGCACAUUUGACCGUUAAGAAAAUAUUUGUUGGUGGAAUAAAAGAAGACACUGAAGAAUAUCAUUUACGAGAUUACUUUGAGUCUUAUGGAAAAAUUGAAACCAUUGAAGUUAUGGAAGACCGUCAGAGUGGAAAAAAGAGGGGCUUUGCAUUUGUUACUUUUGAUGACCAUGACACUGUUGAUAAAAUUGUUGUUCAGAAAUAUCAUACUAUAAAUGGACACAACUGUGAGGUUAAAAAGGCACUUUCAAAGCAGGAAAUGCAAACUGCAAGUUCCCAGAGAGGUCGUGGAGGCGGAAGUAAUUUUAUGGGCAGAGGUGGAAACUAUGGAAGUGGUGGAGGAAACUUUGCCAGAGGUGGUGGAUUUGGUAGCAGAGGAGGCGGUGGUGGUGGCGGAGGCGGCGGCUAUGGUGGUGGCAGAGGUGGUUAUGGUGGCGGUGAUGGAUACAAUGGUUUUGGUGGAGAUGGUGGUAACUAUGGUGGUGGUAGUAGUGGUCCUGGGUAUGGUGGUAGAGGUUAUGGUGGCAGUCCAGGCUAUGGAAACCAAGGUGGAGGAUAUGGUGGUGGUGGCAGCGGCGGCGUAAGUGGUACCGGUGGUGGAUACGACGGCUACAGCGAAGGAGGAAAUUUUGGAGGCAGUAACUAUAAUGAAUUUGGGAACUAUGGUGGGCAGCAACAAUCAAGUUAUGGCCCAAUGAAAGGAGGACAAAGUUUUAGCGGAAGAAGCACAGGAAGCAGUGGUGGCAGCGGCCCCUAUGGUGGUGGCUAUGGAUCUGGUGGUGGUGGUGGUGGAGGUGGUGGCAGCAGCUACGGAAGCAGAAGGUUUUAAGACACAAAAGGCUACAGUUCUUAGCAAGAGAGCGAGGAGUUGUCAGGAAAGCUGCAGGUUACUUUGAGACAGUCGUCCAUGUGCAUUAGAGGAACUGUAAAAUCUACCACAGGAGGAACGAUGAUCCAUAGUCAGAAAAGUUACUGCAGCUUAAACAGAAUACAUUUCUUGUUCAGGACUGUCUUAGCCACAGUUUGCAAGUGCAGCUGAUAAUUAAUGCAAUGUAGUGUUGAUUUAGAUGUACAUUCCUGAGGUCUUUUUAUCUGUUGUAGUUUUGUCUCCAUUUACCUAUUACAUCAGGUAUCUUCCCUGUAAAUUUGUGCUAGUGGUACCAGGAAUAAAGAAUUAAGGACUUUUUAACUUUUAAACUUGUGUAGUUCAGUAUUUUCACACUUGCCAGAGCAUAGUUAUGCUCAAAAUAAACGUGCUUUUUUAUUUUUAA